AUGUUCAACAGCGACAAAAAAGUUCGAUCGGCCUACGCCAUCUUCCGCCUCUCCAAUCCAGACAUCCCCCCUCGGGACAUCCUCGAGCAAUGUCUUGAAAAGCUCGAGGCUUGCGCCGUCGGUUUCGUCCCAAGCCUUGACUUUUUCCAGGAGCGGCGCAAUGAGCAGGUAGGCGAUCUUGUGCUCGAGGUGUUUACAGAAAAUGACUCUGAUGAAGGGAUCACAGCCGCCACGACAGAGUACAUCCAUCACCAGAUUGCGCACUGGGAGGAUGACCAGGCAAUGCUGGGCUGGUGGCAGUUCGAUCAGUAUCUGCGCUUGAAGGAGUAUAACCACAUGGAGUAG